AUGAUUCUCACGAGUGAUCGUUGUGUCUAUGGAUGGGGUUUUAAUAGGUUCGGACAGUUAGGUUGUGGACCAGACAGUGAUAUACGAAAAGGGGUAACAUUUCGAGUGAAUUUCAAUCCCUAUCACGAAAUUAAAGAGGGACAGGUGUAUAGUUGGGGUCUAAAUGAUUGGCAUAAUUUGGGACACAAUUCAUCGGGUAAUAUAUGGAAACCACAACUCAUUGCAGACAUGACUGUUGUUUCCGAAGUGAAUGAUUACAAGCGUUUGUAUGAAGAGUUACGUUCAUUAGGUUCGGGAGCUUUUGGGGAAGUGCUGAACAAUUACGGGAAUGUAUGCGAGAAAUGGAAAAUUUGA